UAGCAUAUCAUUGUUUUGCCCAACGUUAGAGAGAGUGGAGAAAAUAUUAGGCAUGGCACGAUUGAGAGUCUAUGUAUCUGGUAACCAGAGAUUUAGGCGGGCAAUUGAUUAUUCCCGUAGAGAAUCGUAUGGUCAAUCACAAGUUCGUCAAAGUGGUUUGGGCAGAGGAGGAAUGGGCAGACGCAACGCUGGCAGAAGUGGAGCUGGUGCUAGUGUUAGUAGCCCAAAACUGACAACUUAUGAUGCGUUGUCUUAUUUGAAGGAAGUUAAGGACACCUUUCUAGGCGAAAGGGAGAAGUAUGACAUCUUCCUUAAUGUCAUGCAAAAUUUUAAGGCUCAAAGAAUGGAUACUAUUGGUGUCACAACAAAAUUGAAAGAUUUGUUUAAAGGGCAUCCUAGGUUGAUCAUUGGAUUCAACACUUUCUUGCCCAAGCGUUAUGAAAUAACCCUCAAUGAUGAAGAUGAGGCUCCUCCAAAGAAAGUUGAGUUUGAAGAAGCGAUCAACUUUGUGAACAAAAUAAAGACACGUUUCCAAAAUGAUGAUCAUGUGUACAAAUACUUCUUAGACUUUUUGGACAUGUAUUGGAAGGAGCACAAGGGAAUCAAUGAGGUGUACCGUGAGGUUGCCGUACUUUUCAGUGACCAUCCAGAUUUGAUAGAUGAGUUCACUAGAUUCAUGCCAGAUACUUCAGGAACUGCCAAUCCAUUGCCUCUGAAGCGCUGCCCUAUGGAUAGGAUUGAGGAUUAUAAAGAACCUGAUAAUAAGAACGAACUGGAUCUAAGCAAGAAGCAGCACCCUGGUAAAAUGAAUUCUUUUGGGAAGUUUGAAGAUGCCCUGAAAAAUUCGUGUAGCAAAGGGUUCACUUUCUGUGAAAAGGUAAAGGAAAGCCUACAAAGUUCAGCUGAUUAUCUGUCAUUCUUAAACAGUCUCCGUAUUUACAGCACAGAAACGAUUACAAGGAACGAGUUACAAAGUUUGGUUGCUCAUAAACUUGGAAAAUAUCCUGAUCUUAUGGAGGGUUUCAGUGAAUUUUUGGACUGUUAUGAUCGAGUUGAUAUGUAUACAAAAGGGUUCACUUUCUGUGAAGAGGUAAAAGAAAGACUGGGAAGUCCAGCUGAUUAUCAGACAUUCUUGAAAUAUCUUCGUAUUUACAGCAGAGAAAUAAUUACAAGGGAGCAGUUACAAUGUUUGGUUGCUAAUACACUUGGAAAACAUCCUUAUCUUAUGAAGCGUUUCAAUGAAUUUAUAGAGCGUUAUGAACGAGCUGUUGGAUUUCUUGUAGGUGUAAUGACUAAGUGGAAUGAAGAGCAUACUAAUUUCAAGUUAGUAAAGGAAGAAGAGAAAGACAAAGAGGCUCCUCCACAGGGAAUUGAGUCUGAAGAAGCUAUCAGCUUUGCGGAGAAAGUAAAGGAACGUUUUCGAAACGACAAUCAUGUGUACAAAUCCUUCUUAAACAUUUUGAAGAUGCACAACAAGGAGCACAAGAACAGCUAUGAAGUCUACCAUAAGGUCGCCAUACUUUUCAAGGAUCAUUCGGAUUUGUUUGAUGAGUUCACUAAAUUAUUGCCAGAUUCUUCAGCUGAUUUCAUGCUUAGGAAUGUAUUGAUCAGUUAACCAUCCUCUUUAGUUCCUUAUAAUAAUGCUAUUGGUAUGACUUAAGCUUCCCAAGGAGUUCGACUUGAUAUUCUUAGGAAGAUUGGUUCGUUGCUUGGAAUUCUUUGUUCUAUUUCUAAUGACUAGAGAUUCAGUUUUAUUAGCAAUAAAAAUAUUAGUACUAAAUGGUUUGUUUGAAUAAUAUCAUCUUUCCUUCCAGCA